AUGAUGUCUUCAAGCGUCGGAGGAGAAGUAUCGAUUAAUUCAGGAGACCUUCUACUUGGAACUCUUUCAAAAGCAAUCACAAAAUUAGAACAGCAGAUUCAAGCAACACAGGCAUCCCAGAGGAAACUGAAUUCUGAUUGUGACACGAUGGCUGAGUAUCUUCGAGACCUAAGCGAAUACAAGCAGCCCGUAGACUUGUUGCCGUAUGUUGGAAAGCUGAACGACUCAACAAUUCGUGUGAACAAUACUCAUGCGAAGCUAGACGAACUUCUUGAACGCCUCACAAAACUCCAACGACAAAUUGCCAGAGAGACUUACAAGAAGAAGAGUUCCAUUAAAGAACAAGAGCCACCAGUGCAACCAGAAAAUUGA